AUGGCGAAAUCUAACCCUACCUCGAUCGAUACCGUCAAAAACCAUUAUGACGCCUUACAAGCUUACUUUCGGUCGCGGGAAUCAAGAGUCGGCUAUCGCCUGGUACUUGGCGAUACCCGCCACUGCGGAUACUGGAAGAAAGACACCUGGAGGAUGUUACCUCUCAGCAAAGCACUUCGGGAGAUGGAAGAUGAACUGUUUAAAAGUUUAGGUCUCUCUCGCGGCUCGCGAGUUCUUGAUGCUGGCUGCGGUGCUGGUCACGUUGCCUUGCACAUGGCUAGUAAAGGGUUGCGCGUGACUGGCAUUGAUUACAUGAAAGAGCACCUGGAUAUGGCCAAGCAGAAUCUUGAUAGAUCUGAUGAAGCACUGAAGGGGAAUAUCACACUUGAGGAAAUGGAUUUCCAUAAUCUCAAGACAUUGGAGCCUGGAUCAUUCGAUGGGGUCUACACCAUGGAGACGCUAGCCCAUGCCCACGAUGCUGAGAAAGCAUUGGAAGAAUUCCACCGGAUUCUGAAACCCGGCGGCAAGAUUGUCCUGCACGACUACGAACACGGUAUCUCAGAGGAAAUAGCUCCACACUUGUUACAGGCCAAGGAACAGGUAACUCGGUAUGGUGCUAUACCGACAUGGGGAGAAGCAAAGUACGGUUACUUUGAGGAGCGGCUUAAGCGUGUCGGCUUUGAAAACGUGGUGGUUAAGGAUUAUUCUGAGAAUGUGCGGCCUAUGCUGCGCCUAUUUUGGAUGAUGGCGUUUAUACCAAACUUUUUUGUUCAACUGUUUGGCUUGCAAGCAUCCUUCGUCAACACUAUUGCGGGAGCUUAUAUGUAUAGAGGUCAAAAAUACUGGCGAUAUCUCUCUAUAAGCGCAACAAAAAAAACCAACAAGGCGACCUAA